UCUGAUCUGUCUGCAGAGAGUCUCCGGUAUGGGAAGCCACCUCACUCCUCAACUUUUUACCGGCGAUUUUACCGCUUGUACUUUACAUUUGACACGCUUCACACCAGCUGGACAUGGAUUCCUAGAACGGAAUUAGCAGGAAGUGAGCCCCGACGAGUUACUUCGAGCGUUUUGAAUUUUUUUUUUUGGGGGUAGUUGUUGAAGCAAGAAGGGGGGAAAAUGCCAGUUGCAACUCUUCUACCUUUCACCGCGACCCCGAAUAGGAAGUCAGCCAGCCCGACCUCGUUCAGGUUGACUGAGAAAUUCAUUUUGUUAUUAGUGUUUAGCGCCUUUAUAACCCUCUGUUUCGGGGCCAUUUUCUUCUUACCGGACUCGUCAAAGCUGCUUCACGGAGUUUUCUUUCAUUCCUCCGCGGUGGAGACCAACACCCGCACCGGGCAGCAGGACAGCGGGGACUCGGGUUCGGCUGGAAACGACGAGAAGGUCCUGGCCAAAAUCAGGAAAGACCACGAAAAGGCUCUCGUCGAGGCGAAGGAUACUCUACAGAAACGUCCCGACGAGAUCAAGCAGGACAUUUUGGAGGAGAAGAGGAAAGUUUCCAAGGAGAUUAUAGGUCAAGGUGGGAAGGAUGGCAAUAAUUUACCUGUCGUUGAGUAUCACCGCCCACCGGGGGCGACCGGGCACGAACCUGUGGACCCCGAGACCCGGGAGAGACGGGCGAAAGUCAAAGAGAUGAUGAAACAUGCGUGGGACAGCUACAAGCGCUACGCCUGGGGUUCCAAUGAGCUCCGGCCUGUCUCCAAGCAAGGCCACUCCAGUAAUCUAUUUGGGAGUAUAAAGGGAGCGACGAUCGUGGAUGCUCUGGAUACCCUCUACAUCAUGGAAAUGUUUGAAGAUUUUGAAGCUGCUACCGACUGGGUGGAGAAGAACCUCGACUUCAAUGUGAACGCGGAGGUGUCUGUGUUUGAGGUGAACAUCCGGUUUGUUGGAGGGCUGCUGUCCGCCUACUACCUGUCUGGAAAGGAGGUGUAUCGUAGAAAGGCUGUGGAGCUCGGUGAAAAGCUGCUGCCAGCCUUCAAAACACCCACCGGCAUUCCCUGGGCUCUUCUUAACCUCAAGAGUGGUAUUGGUAGAAACUGGCCGUGGGCAUCAGGUGGCAGCUCCAUCCUGGCAGAGUACGGCACCCUGCAUCUGGAAUUCAUGCACCUCAGCAAACUCUCAGGAAAUCCUGAGUUUGCACAGAAGGUAAUGAACAUCCGGAAAGUACUGAAUCGCCUGGACAAACCCCAGGGGCUUUAUCCCAACUACCUGAACCCCAACAGCGGCCAAUGGGGUCAACAUCACGUGUCUGUGGGCGGCUUGGGCGACAGUUUCUACGAGUACCUGCUCAAAGCCUGGCUGAUGUCUGACAAGACUGACGAGGAGGGCAAGAAGAUGUACUAUGAUGCUCUGCAGGCGAUAGAAACCAACCUGAUGAGGAAGUCCAGCAGCGGGCUGACCUACAUCGCCGAGUGGAAGGGGGGGCUUCUGGAGCACAAGAUGGGCCACCUGACCUGUUUCGCAGGUGGCAUGAUCGCUCUGGGUGCCGACGGAGCGCCGAGCGACAAGACAGGCCACCAGAUGGAGCAGGCCGCCGAGAUCGCCCGGACCUGCCACGAGUCUUACGCAAGAACCGCUUUGAAACUGGGCCCUGAGGCGUUCCGCUUCGACGGCGGGGUCGAGGCCAUCGCCACCCGACAGAACGAGAAAUACUUCAUCCUCCGCCCCGAGGUCAUCGAGACGUACAUGUACAUGUGGAGGUUCACCCACGACCCCAAGUACAGGGAGUGGGGCUGGGAGGCUGUUCAGGCCUUGGAGCAGCACUGUAGAGUAGAAGGAGGCUACAGCGGCAUCAGAGACGUCUACGCCUCGAGUCCGAACCACGACGACGUGCAGCAGAGCUUCUACUUGGCCGAGACGCUCAAGUACCUCUACCUGCUCUUCUCCGACGACGACCACCUACCGUUCGACAACUGGGUCUUCAACACAGAGGCUCACCCUCUGCCCGUCAUCAAGAAGGACCAAACAGACAUCCCCAACACGGUCGAGUAACGGAACCAAAACAAAAGAAAACACAGCAAAGUGCGAGAAACCUCUGAUCCUGUAAACCUGAGCCUCCAGCUGAAAACUCUUUAGCCAUUGGGAGUAACAGAUGCCUCUUUAUGGGAUUUGAUUUUUGAAUGGGAUCAAAAAAGGAGUUGAAGCCUGUUGGCACUGAUUCCUGCUGUAGAUUUGAUUUUUUUUUUGUCUGUUUUUUGGAGCUCUGGUUGAUUCCAGCUGCUGAUCUGAACAAACAUAUCGACCGCUGGAUUACGUAAACACUCAUCCAAGGAAUGCAAUGGUAUCAUCAGAGAGAUUAAAUAUUCCUGCAGAAUCAAUCCUCUCUGAAGAUUUCAUUACAUUUAGUGGGCGUCGAGUUCACUUUCAGAGUCGGAACAGUUCUCACUUUGUCGGUCAGUGAUUUUGUUGUUUGUAGCUGCUGCUGCUGCUCCUGUUUGUUUCUGUGUGGAGACCUGGACCACUUGUCCCCCUUAAUGUGGGUACUUUGGACAACUUUUGGGACCCGAAAAUCCAGAAGAACUCCUUCUCUAGUCUGAGGGACUUUGAAGGCUGACUGCUCAAGGGCGCUCCAUGACAUCACAACCAAACUCUGUCUUAUGCUUCAAAAUCUGAUUAGGAUCCAACGAUUGUCCCCAAAAACCACCUUGCUUCCACCUUCCUCUCCCUCAGAGGAUGACUCUGUCCUCUAGAAAACACCUGGGUGUCUCUGUGGGAGUCAAACAAAGACGCAGCACAACCCGGGCCUUGUUUUUUUUCUUUUUUUAUAAACCCACAGAGCUUUUUAGACGUCUGCUUCCCUCCAUCACUCGAGCGCCUGACAGCUUCUUCCUCCCUCAGAGCUGAAGUGUGACACCGGACGAGUCACACCAGCUCUGUACCUGCCAGUAAAUUCACCUUCACAAAGUUUACACAAAGCUGUCCCCCUUCUUCUUCUUCUUCUUCUUCUUCUUCUUCUUCUUCUUCUUCUCCUGGAGAUCUCAUACACGCUCAUGUGUUCAGAUUCACUUCCUUUUCUCACAUUGUCACAUUUUUUACAGGGUUUGACUGAAACAGGUUUUUUAAAGCUGAUGACGCUGACUUCUUCCACCAAAUACUUUCUGAAUCUUCACACACAAAUUACACAUUUCCCCUUCUGUGUUUACCGAUUCUUACUAGAAAAAAGCCCGUGUUCGAUGAUUACACGACUUUGAGCGUAUAAAAGUGGACAAAAUCUUACAAAACGGUGUCCAGUCUUGUGGAGCUCUCCUACAUUUCAUGCCGACGGAGUCAGCUCAGCUGUAUCAGAGCGUGGUAAUGAGUUGGGCUGUGAGAUAGACGGUUGAAUGCUCGGGGGGAAAAGGAUGGACCUUGAGUUGGUUUUUAACUCAUGUUAACUCAUUUGAGCUACUGUGUUACAGAGUCACACACAAGUUCUCACAGCCAAUCGUUUUGUUGGAUGAAAGCAAUAUUAUGUAACAAUUAACCUUAAAGAAAUCAUUAGAGGGCACUUUGACUUUUAAUAGGACGAUUGGAGCUUCUCUUUCCUGCUUCAUGCCCCAGAAGCAUGUUUGCCCCUUUGCUUCGAGCAUGAGGGGAAACUCCAAAUAUCCAGCAAAUUCAAGGGAAAAAUACAUCUUUGAGUUUCCUUCAAAUCAACUGAUCGCUUUAACGUCUUUUGAAUGAGGACGCUUAAAUCUUAUUCCCUCUUUAAGGGUGUCUUAGACUCUCUCUGUGUCAAAGCAGAGUAUUUAAACACCAGGUAAUGUUCUCUAAGAGGAAACAUGUGAUCUUCUUUAAAACCUGUUUCUAUCAUCCCCUCCUCUUCUUCCCUGCAUUGCUUCUUCUCGUCUCCAUUCAGCAGGAUCUUCUCUCCUCUAUGAGGAGACCCAGACACUCGACACACACACACACACACACACACACACACACACACACACACACACACAAGAAGCCAUACUGAUUGAAUACAGCUUUAUCAUCCUGUCCCCGAGCUUUUUGUUCCCUCUAGAGUCGUGUCAGCGUCAUCACAGUCUCUCACUCAGCGGCUUGUUUAGACAGAUGUAAAGGUUUCUCCUGAUGUUACACAGAACUGUAGACCAGAUCAGACCCCGUGUUUAGUCUUUAAUCUAGUGCCUUCACUGUUGAAAAGGAGGAGAGGAGAGCAGCUCACACAAACACAAGAGUCCAGUCUUCAAAUAUUCACUGAGCACUUCCCAGGAGUGAAAUACUAAAACCAGACUCUGUCAAAGGACAAAUCCUGCUUUUUGAAUUCAAGAUUUCAACAAGGAAGUCGCCUAAACAUUGGUUUUAAAAACCUUGGCGUGUUUGCUUUUUGUCUGUGAUAACUGCUGGAUCAGACCAACAGAGGUCUACAUGUAGAUUUCAUCAUUUCAAAUUCAAGUAGAAAAAUCCUCCUUUAUGCCGUUUCAUCCUCAGAAGUCUUAGUGUAACCGACAUCAGACUGGAAACAUGAGUUUAAGUAGAGCGCAGAGUCAUCGUUCAUUCCCUUUAUCACGCUGACAUCUAGUGGUGAGACUGUGUCAUUACAGCCCACAGAGACCUGGAGUCUGAAAAGUGGAGAACAUUAAAAAUACUGACGUGUUAGGAAGGAAAUGUUUCAUGUGAAAAUCAGACUCAUCUUAUAAAAUGUUUUUCAAAAGAUAAAAACAGUUUUUAUGAUUUUGGACGCCUGAUGAAAGGACCCGAGCUCAGCCAGAUGUUCAUCACUUUGAGCCUUUAGAUGUUUAUCUGAGACAUGAUGGAGAAACAUGGUGAAUAAUAAGCAGUCUUAAGUUUCACUGCAGGAUCCAGAGACAUGAAUCCGUCUGAUUUAAAGUUCAAAUCUCUUUAAAAAAAAUCAAAUCUCAGCAGGUUUAAAGUCCUUUGACAUCAGUUUUGGAUCAGUCUAUUUAAUGCUUUCAUCUUUUUACCUCCAAACUAAGAGACUCUGAUCAGCUAUUGAUGCUAAAUAAGAUCCUUCUACUACAAGAAGAGCUCAUUAAAUCUUUCAUUUUAUAGAAACUGAAAAGAGAAACAGAGAGAGACUGAGACGUGCUCCAAAAAUACCUCUGAAGUUUAAUCAUUUCUUGUUUUCAACUUGCCCAAAGUGUUGAAACGAACACUGCUAAGUUCCUGACUUUCACCCACAUAUCGGAUCAUCAGCGCCCCCUGUCAUGUAGUACCAAACACAUCAGUCAGAAGCUCUCGCUGUGAGGAGACUCUCAUGUCGCUGUACAGACGACGCUCUGUUUCUGUUUUCUGUGAUAUUUUAAAUGUUUGAUUUUUUUUGAUUUUUUUUGCUGAUUGUGUUAAUUUAUUCUGCAUUAGUGAUCAUAGGACUUGGGGAGGGGUUUGGGAGUGAACCCCCUCCCCAAGGUGGCGCUGUGGGGGCGACAGAUAUGGAGCGUCAGCGGGUCUUAUCUUAUUUAUCUACCAAAAAAAAAGAACGAGAGGUUUAUGAACCGCCUGCCAGUGAAUCAAACACACGUACAGGAGGAGCUGAAAUGAAUGAAUGUACCAUCCAAUGUGAAGUGAAGAAUAUUUGUAUGCAUCCUUUUUUUUUUAUUUUUUUUUUUUAUCUUUGAAAGCACAAAACGUAGAAUCAGAGUGAGCAGGCAGAGAGAGAGAUCAUGAUCCUGAUCGAGGGAGCGAUGAGCCCGUUAGUGUUUGUAGGAAAUGAUCCAAAUCUGCAUCCCGAGGUGUGAUUGAGAAUACUGGAGCGUAAACAUUUGAUUGUUUUCAUCUUUUUUUUUUUGACACAUAAACAUGAACAUAUCAGAGUACGAUAAAGGAAAUGUUCCUCAAACAGUACAGAGUUACAACACUGAACCUGCUUUAUGAAGCUGCAUAGAAAAAGAGACAUGAAGGUGUCAGAUCAGAAGAUUUAAAGACAGAUUAUUGGUCACUGAGUCACAGAUAUCAACUUCUGUAUUUGAAGUACCAGGAUGUAGAGAGGCAGGAGAUGAAGAAAAGUGACAUGACAGUUUACAGUUUAUAAACAUGGCUCCCUGUCUAUUAUAAAGACGCUUUCAUAUUUACAUUUUACCUAUAAGUUCAUUUACGCCUGGAAAUGUUCAAAUAAGAGAUUAAAGUGCGUUCUAUCAGGUGAUGAAAACUCUAAUAAUUCAUCUUAAAGCAUAAUUUAUUACAGUACACUGCAGUCAAUGAGACUUUAGCGUUUAUUUGUUGUAUUUUAGUUGGAAAUUCAAACUGACGCAGAAAGAAAUGGCGUGCAGAAGUGAUGAGUUAAAAUUUCAUGCAGAACCUCAUUUGAAAAAGUAUCGAUUUAAGGCUGCAUCGCUGAAUUAAUUAAAGUAUCGACAGGCCUAGAUUUGAUUAUUGAACCUGUUUUCUUUGUUUGUUUUUUAAAGGUGGAGGGUUUUUGUUGUUUUUGUCCUUGAUUCGGUUUAUGGUUUGAGUCGGUGGUCUGUUAAUUUCACGACGGGCAUGGGAUCGAACCCGGUGUGCAGGAGAAGAGACAAGUUUGCCUCCCAAUGAGGAGAUGUGUUUGAGCAUUCCUUUAGACUGAAAUUAGAUUUGAAAAGUAAUUUUGGGAUUAUUUGUUCAUCAAAUCAACUGUUGAUAAAAUUUAAACCGUGUUUUUGGAAAGCGGACGCUUUAAUUUGUCUUAAAUAUCCAAAACAAAGUCAGGUUGUGGGUAUUAAUGACAUCUUAAAGGGUGGAUUCCUUCAGCAGGAAGAUUAUUUCUGCAGAUUUUCAGACAAAUUUAUGAUCCGUUUGUUCGAUGUGAAUUAAAUCAAAUUUAACUCUACCUGAUUUAAACAAAAAACUUUUUUUUAGUAUUUCUUCCACUGGUGUGACACCGAUGUGGUCGUUUCACUGCCUGAGACAGAAAGAAAAAGCAGAAUGUAUUUUUGAGUUUCUCAUGUGAGCCGUCAGUAUAAAGCUCUGCUGUCGCUCCACAUCGAGUGACGUCACACUGCUGCUCACGUCCUCGUGCAGAUUUAGAGUUUAUGAUUUUGAUUUCUUUCUGAUUAUUGUGUUGACGUGUGUGAUGAUGCUGUCUUUCUAUUGAUGAACAUUAAAGGGGCAAUACCACCCGUUUGAGGACUUCAACAGAAAGAAACCCCUCUCAUGUAUCACACCUUCAUCUCUUAUUUUCUGCACAAUCACUGAAGGCGACUCGCUUGUCCCGGGACUCAAAUCUUUAGAAUCAAAAGUAUAAAAAAGGUUGCCGUUGCCCUUUACAGGUUUGAAAUGUGUAAUCCUCUGAAAUGUAUCUGUACAAAGUAUUGCUGAUAAUCAUUCCAUUGCACAUAGUUUACGUUGCGUUUUUAUGCAAUAUUUUAAUUUGGUGGGGAAAUCUGUUUUAUUGUGUUAAUAUUAUUAUGUAAAUAUUCCAUUCUGGCAGAUGAGCCGUUCUACAUUUAUAUAAAAAUCUUCUGAGCUUAUGGAUUAAAGUGAUAUUAAUAAGCAGCAGACUUUUUAAGAAACUAUAUUUGUUACACUUCUAUUGUGAAUAAAGAAUCUUUUAAUAAG